AUGGAGCCUCAGCCUGAUGUCCCAGAGCAGCAGAAUGAGAGCCCUUCCCAAACUGACCAUCAAGAAGAUGAAAAAACACAAGUGACUGAAGAAGUCUUUUCAAUGCAGAAGGAAGCAUGGGAAUUAUUUGAACAGUGUGAAAAAAAAAUUGUACUCUGUGCAUUUCACUGCCACUCUAUGCAGAGAGAGAAUUAGUGAAUCCUUUCAGCAACUUCGCCAACAUCUUAUAAAGGAGGAAAGCAUGCAGCUGACAAAAACUGAAGAUAAAGAACAAAAAGCCAUAAAGGAUUUACAGAAUAAAGAAUCUCUGGCUUCAGAACUGUGUUCCUCCAUUAGAACAUUGCUUUUCCAUCUGGAAAAUGGAGGGGUGAUAAUUGUAGACACUGAGAUAGUGAAUAUGUUUAGGGCAAAACUAGAGGAUCUGUCCAAAUGUGAGAUAGCAUUACAUGGCCAUGUGUCCACGAUCCACACACGGGAGUGGAGAGGGUUAAGGCAUGUUGUGAAACCACAGCAGAGAUCAUUACAAUUUGACCCGCAGAGUGCUCAUACUAACCUUGUCCUCUCCAAAAAUCUCAAGCAGGUGAGGUUCUCUCCUUUUGCACAACCUCCGAAAAGUAACGACUCUUUUGAACCUGGACUUUAUGUUCUGGGAGUUCCUGGGUUUAAUUCUGGUCAGCACUACUGGGAAGUAGAUGUUAGCCAUAAAAGCAACUGGAUUAUUGGUGUUGUAAAAGAGUCAGUGCCAAGAAAGGGACCUCAAAGCCUGGAUCCAGAUAAGGGGUAUUGGGUGUUAAAUAAACAAGAAGACAAGAUCUUCACUGCCUGUGGCCUGUUAUGUCCAAAGUUUAUGCGCCCUCCCCUGAGAAUUGGGGUGUUUGUUGACAUUUUAGAUGGCUACUUGGCUUUCUAUGAUUUAGACACAACUGGCCUAAUUUUUGAAAUCACAGGAUGCCAUUUUGUGGGGAAGCUAUUUCCAUUUUUCUGCCCAGGAGUCCCAACAAAGGAGGAAGAUUUAGGGCCCUUGACUUUGCUUAACUAA